GGAACGUCAUCGGGAAUCUGGUGACUGAAGAUUACGUGGUGAAGUUAGUUAGCCAGUUGCUAACCCCGACAGAAACAGCACCACAGAUGUAACACCUGGAAUUAUACACAUCUGCGUUAAAUGUCAGUUUCCAUUACGAUGAACAUCACUUCCGCGAGGGUUUAUGGAGUUUUUACGAGUGAAGGCAGCAGAGAGUAACACCAGGAUGAAAACUGCAUGUGCCGGGGUGGAUAUAACAAGUUCUGCAUUACGAGGACCCUAAAAAGUGUCUCUGACAUUCGGAAAGGCAUCUAAAACAGUGCUUAGACUUGGACUACAUCUACACCUACAGAGAUGUUUGCAAAGUUGAAGAAGAAGCUGGCAGAGGAGGCCGCCACUGCCCCUCGAUCAGGACGUAUCCCUCGCUCCAUGAGCAAAGAGUCCAUCACUUCUGUGGGCGCAGAUUCUGGAGACGAUUUUGCAUCUGAUGGCAGCAGCUCCAGAGAUGACUUUUCUUCUCAGAUCCAGCGCAGAAAUGACCAGAUACGAAAGCUGGAGGCCAAGCUCUCAGACUACGCUGAGCAGCUUCGGCUAAUGCAGAAGACCAAGGAGAAGCUUGAGAUUGCAUUAGAGAAGUAUCAGGAUUCAUCCAUGCGCAAACUUCAAGACCAGAACGAAUCUUUCCAGACAAACAGAGCCAAGAUGGCAGAAGCCAUGUCCUUAGCAUUAGAAAAAAAAGACCAGGAGUGGAUGGAAAAACUAGCUUCACUGGAGCAGGAGAAGUUGUCUUUGACUUCUCGGCUAGACGAAAUGACAGAGCAGAGUUUAAGUCUGUUCCAGAAGAGAGACGACCUGGAUGAGCUAGAGGGCUUUCAGCAGCAGGAACUGGCUAAAGUCAAACACAUGCUGCUGAGGCGAGAGGAACAGCUUAAUCAGCGGGAGAAAGAGCUGAAACUGAGAGGAGAAGAGCUGAACACAGCCAGACUGACCCUGGGCAAAACGCAAGACAAGCUGUAUGAGCUGGGAGAAGAACACGAGGAGAUAUGCAGGACCAACUCACAGCUACAGGCCCAAAGGGAUGAGUUGUUGAGUGAGAAAGAGGAGGCAGAGCGGAGAGUUGUGGAUUUGGAGAGGAGAGAGCAGGAGUUGCAGCAGCUGAUCCAGCAGGUGUCAGAGGAUUUCCAGAAGGCACAAAGCAAUGCAGAAGCACUAGAGAGAUCAAUGGAGCAUCUCCAGUCUGAACACAAUAAGCUGAAGCUACAGCACGAACAGCACAAGAACAAGGUUGCGGUGACGGAAGAGGAGCGAGAGCGUAUACUGUCUGAUCUGCAGGAGAAAGCCGCCUCUUUAGAAAGGAGACUAGAAGCAAACUUCUCUCAGGAUGAACACUUACAGGAACUGCUCAAAGAGAAGUCUUCCUUGGAGCAAAGGUUAGAGGAGGCCAGAGGAGAGUUACUGCAGGAGAAAACCAGUCACACUACAGCAGUCAGUUCACUGGAGGCACAGGUCUCUCGGCAGAAUGCAAGCAUAACAGAUCUGCAGACUCUGGUCAAACACAAAGACGACUCGUCCAAAGCUUACAGAGAAAGAACAGAUGCACAGAUAUCAGAUCUGGAGCAGAGACUGGCGGACUGCGCUGAGAAGAUGAAGAGUCUACAACAGCAACUCAAAGACAGCCAAAUGCACACAGACAAACUGCAGGUGGAGUGGUCAGAGGAGCGAGAGCGGCUACAGCAGCAGGUGUCCACACAAAGACAGAGAGGCCUGGAGAAAACAGCCAGACUGGAGGAAGAGCUGCUUGCACUACAGAGAGACAGAGAAACGGAGGCCAACAAAUAUCAGGACAACCUGCGGUUACUGGAGGAGGAAAAAAACUCCCUUUUGAGGAGCAAAGCGGAGACUGAUAGCACUGUAGAGAGUCUGACGGCAGAACUGGAGCAGUCUAGAGCGGAGAUGAGCAGCAGACAGACAGUCAGUGUUGAAAUUGCCAAAGCUUUGGAGGAAACCAGAAAACAGAGGGAAGAACUCCAGCAACAGGUCAGCAAAAUGACAGAGUCUCUUGUAAAGGCAGAACAGGAAGUGAGUCGCCUUUCUCAGGAUUUAGGGGUGAAGGAAGGGGAAGUGAACGUGUUGAAGGAAGAGCUGCAGGCGGCCCGUAGCAGUCUGUCUUCUCUGCAGGCUGAGUGUGAGUCUCGUCGUUUGGAGGCUGAAGAGAAAGAGCGCGAACACAACUCUCAGCUGACGUCACUGGAGCAGGAAGUCCUCAGACAAACACAGCAACUCUCCUCUUACCAGUCCCGGGUGUCUGAUCUGGAGAGUGAGGUGUUGAGUUUAACAGCACAUUCACAUGCAGAUGAGUGUGAAGGUGAGCAGAAUGGGACAGUUACUGUAAGUGAUCUCGACCAGUUACAAAAGGUCAAUAAAGACCUGGAGCAACAACUGGCUGAAAAAAACAAGACAAUAAAGCAGCUACAGCAGAGGCUUGCAGAACUGAAAAGGACACUACAGAAAGAACUGAAGCUGAAACCAGAUCCUGACUCUGAGAUGAAGGAAAGACUUCAGGAUGGGAGACAGGAGAGAUCUGCAGAAAAGACCGUCUUGGAGACACCGAUGCCCACCGCAGCUCCAAGCCCAGCUCCAGGACUCAAUCAAACCCCAGGCCCAAUUACCCCCAACACCACCGUCACCAACAGUUCAGACAUCACAGACACCAGAGAAAUCAACUUCGAGUACCUCAAACACGUGGUGCUGAAGUUCAUGUCAUCCAGAGAGGCAGAGGCUUUCCAGCUCAUCAGAGCCGUUUCUGUGCUCCUGCAUUUCUCAAAAGAAGAGGAGGACAUGCUCAAACAGACACUGGAGUACAAGAUGUCGUGGUUUGGUUCCAAGCCCUCACCCAAAGGUAUCAUACGACCUUCCAUCUCAGGAACAUCAAGCUGGAGCUGAGAAACCCAAAACGGCACAUCUCUGAGACCAGGUGAAAGAGGGAACAGUAAAUGAUCUCAGUAGAAAAGGGAACAAUUGCUGACUCGGCAGUUUCAGUCUCUGCCUCAACAGUUGCUAUGUAGCUCACGCCCUUUAAAAGAACGGGACACACAAACAACUCUGCGUUUUUUCGCUAAAAUAUUGCAGGGACUUGAAAACCAAGGCUUUAUGAACAUCGUCUUUUUGUGACUUGGGGAGUUUCGUCGUCUAAUGAAAUGAACUCAAGUUUCAUCUGCUUAAAAAAACAAAACAAAAACAAAAAACAAUCAUCGCUUUUUCCAACAUCCUGUAUUGACUCGAUUAUUUUAACUCUGUGAAAUCAAGGCUGGGCCAAUCAUGAAGAGAAUGAUCCUCCAAAACGUCAGUGAAAAUCAGGAAUGGGUGUCAUGAAACAUUACUUUAAAUCUCGUUUUUAUGUGUAAAUUACAAAUCCAUACAUUCCAUACAAGUAUUUAUAUUUGGGAAUACUGUAUAUAAGUGAUGAUGAGAGGGAUUAUAAAUCGGUGGAGACCUAAAAUACGUUUUUGUCAUCCUACACAGUCAUUACUCUCAAAUCUGUGUGUGUAUGUGUGUGAGAUUCUUCACUGUGGGCUUGAAACUGUAAUAUAGAGGCAUAUAUGCACAGAUUGAGGAAACGAGCAUGCAUGCCUUAUACUGAAUGCUUUGAUUGUACUUUGGUUUUGAGUGUAUACUGAAGCAUUUGAGUACACUUGAAGCCUUAAAAUACUGUCAGCUGCAUUUAUUUCUCCGAGAAUAAGUCGAUAAAAUCCUGCGGAAGGGAAAAAGUCAGUGUUUUGCUGUCAGGACUGUGUCAUUUUGUGUGUUUUAACACUUCAGCAGCACUAAGGUUUAAACAUCGAAUGAAAACUUCUGGUGAAAAUAGCUGAAUUGAGCCUCUACGGGACAAAAACCAUGUUUCCUGUUUUUAGAAAAAAAAAGAAACCCAAAGAAUUUCUGUUUUAUGUAUGGACUGAUGAAAUUCCGAAGCUAACCGUGCUGUAAAUGAAGGUUCUCUGGAGUCCUAUUGGAGAAUGCUGAUAAACGCCCUGUGUAUGAACAUUGUAGGAAUAAUAUUUUUAUUUAAACAUCCAAAAAAUGCACUUUUUUUAUUUACAACUGUAUUCAUAUUUCGUUUGUUAUGAUACUGUAGCCAUCAUCACAGUAUCCCAUUGCCUCUGUUUUCAGCAAAAUACCACUACAAUCCUUACUUUGGUUUCAGUUCAUGGUUUGUCAGGAGCAUCAAAACUUGAUUAAAAAAUUAAAAUCUUUCUUAGUGA